AUGGAUGGACUCAAAGUCUCGGUUAUCACGAGCGCGAGACCUUCCUCGGUGGAUCCAGACGCCUAUGAGUCCUAUCGUUCAGCAAAGACAAACGAUGCAGAAUCUAAAGCUGGCCUCGUUAUCGUCAACAACCUGCUUUCAGAUGCAGUCAUGUUUUGCGAGGACAUCGUGGGAACUUUUCCGCAUCAAGAUGACGUAGAAACUCUCUACACUAAAUUCUCCAAGGGAGAGCUCUGGAAGGUUAUGAACGCCGGAGAAAAGCUCACAAUCUUCAACAAUGCAGACUCGACAAACUACAAGUUUUUGGAAGAAAUGGCUGCUCCCGAACGGAAUGAUCUGUACUGGCUGUACGAAAUCUUCAUGCAGAAGUAUACGUCUUACGGCUUGGAGUAUAUGCCCCCUUGGAUGUACUUGACGCCAGACAUUGCAGAACCCGAGCUUGAACUAUGGGGCGUAGACCAGCUCGAUAACACACUGCAGCUGUACGCUGGAACAACCUAUUUCACCACAGCGGGUGGACAGUUUGGAUCCAGCGCUAGUCCCAUUGAGCAGGGCGACCUAGUUUGUAUCCUCUUUGGAAGCAAAAUCCCUGCCAUUCUGCGCGCAGAAAGUGACAGCAAAUAUCGUCUGGUCUCAUUUGCGUAUGUGUCGGGGAUUAUGCACGGGGAGUUCUUGCAUGAUCAAAGUGGUAAGCCUCGUGGUUCAGAGACAUUUGUACUUGUCUAG